AUGUUUGCCGCACCAUCCGCGAAAGCUGAACAAUGGCGUGCGCCAUACGGGAUACACAAGGAGCAGCAGGCAUCUAUAUUGCAUCAUAAACAAUCGCUGAGUUCAGAUGGCGCUUUUCGGUUCGAGUACGCGUCUGACAAUGGUUUAGCAGCUGGUGAAAUGAUCGAGCCUGACGGUUCCAGAGUUGGCGCUUAUCAGUACAAAGACCCUAACGGACAGCUGGUUAAACUAAAGUAUAGAGCUGGAAAAGAAGGAUUCCAGAUUCUCGAAGGCAGUCAUGUACCUAAAAGUCCAGCUCCCACGAAUCCACAGACCUCUGAUUCAUAUUACCAGGAGGCGUACGAUCAUCAGCGAAGACAAUACGAAGCGCCACAGUAUAGUCAGCAACGCCCUGAACCUAAUCAGGGCCCAAUAGAACCACGUGGAGCUGGGGGUCAAUAUUAUGUACAGAACUGGAGGCCCGAUGGCCAAUCCGAUGGACAGUACCGUGAAAAUGACAUCGAACCAAACAGAGGACCGCACUCGUUUGGCGAAGGCUACGCGUUCGCUUUCCAGGGAAAACAUAACAACUACCAAUAG